UCUCAGACCGCAUUUUUUUUCCUGUGACUUGGAGAGCAUGGGUCUGAAUGUGCGUAAAUACACAAGAAUUUAGUCGCAGCGAAGAAUAAGACAAGUGAAAACGAAAGCACCAAGAGGAGAUCGUGACAGGAGGAAAGAAUUUUUGAUAAUACCAAGUUAUUACCACUGACCAGUGGAAUUAAACUGAGAGCUACGCGCGACAAGAGCGUUUGAUGCCCUUGUGACUCAAAAGGAUCACAUCCACCGAAUCCAUAAUCUGUGUUAAGUUGGAUCAUGGAAUCCGCCCAGUCAGAGAUGAACAUCUUACCCAAUGGGAAAGGUCACGACCUCGGAGAUGACAUGGGUGUGCCAAUGAAGACUUUGCAAGAGGAGGAUCAAAAUGGCACCCAAACAGUCAGAUUCGAUGAUCCAGAGGGAAUGUUGGAGAGUGAGGAAUUUUUGCCCAAUGGAGAUGGGAAGAAGCCUCUGCGCUUCACAGAUUUUGAAGGAAAAACCUCUUUUGGCAUGUCUGUGUUCAACCUGGGAAAUGCUAUUAUGGGCAGUGGAAUCCUUGGAUUGGCCUAUGCUAUGGCCAAUACUGGCAUUCUCCUCUUCUUGUUUCUUCUGACUGCUGUUGCAGCCCUCUCAUCUUACUCCAUUCACCUGUUGCUCAAAUCGUCUGGUAUCGUGGGAAUUCGAGCAUAUGAGCAGCUGGGAUACCGGGCCUUUGGCACUCCUGGUAAAAUGGCUGCUGGUAUUGCAAUCACACUGCAGAAUAUUGGAGCCAUGUCCAGCUACCUGUAUAUUGUUAAAUCUGAGUUGCCGCUGGUCAUUCAAGCUUUCCUGAAGGCAGAUCCCAACUCUGAUCUGUGGUAUUUGAAUGGAAACUACCUGGUCAUCAUGGUCUCUGCCAGUAUUAUCCUGCCCCUGGCUCUAAUGAAGCAGCUUGGUUACCUGGGCUACACCAGUGGCUUCUCUCUCAGCUGCAUGGUGUUCUUUCUCAUCGCAGUUAUAUAUAAGAAGUUCCAGAUUCCCUGCCCAUUUGAGGACUAUACUGCCAACAGCACCGCUGCCCAUCUCACCCUGAACACCUCGACCCACAGCCACGACCUGGGCCACAGUAUGGUUCAUGAGAUAGAUGACUCCCACUGCACCCCACAAAUGUUUACCCUCAACUCACAGACAGCAUACACCAUCCCUAUCCUGGCUUUUGCCUUUGUUUGCCAUCCUGAGGUCCUGCCUAUCUACACUGAACUCCGCAACCCCUCCAAGAGGAAGAUGCAGCGAGUGUCCAACAUCUCCAUACUGGUCAUGUACACCAUGUACUUUCUGGCAGCUCUCUUUGGCUACUUGACCUUUUAUGGUAACGUAGAAGCUGAGCUUCUUCACACCUACAGUAGGAUUGAUCCUUAUGACACUUUGAUCCUGUGUGUGCGAGUGGCUGUGCUUACUGCUGUCACACUGACUGUCCCAAUUGUACUGUUCCCUGUGCGCAGAGCCAUCCAGCAGAUGUUGUUCCCCAACAAGACGUUCAACUGGUUACGUCACAUUGCCAUCGCCCUCAUUCUGCUCACCCUCAUCAAUAUGCUGGUGAUAUUUGCUCCUAACAUUCUGGGCAUCUUCGGCAUCAUUGGUGCCACAUCAGCUCCCUGCCUCAUUUUCAUUUUCCCCGCUGUCUUCUAUAUCCGCAUUGUUCCCAAGGAUGACGAGCCCAUGACCUCCAUUCCUAAGAUACUGGCUGCCUGUUUUGCUGCUUUGGGCGUCACCUUCAUGGUAAUGAGUUUGAGCUUCAUAGUCAUCGACUGGACAACAGGGACCAGCCAUGCCGGAGGUGGCCAUUAGAUCCUGCUUGUGUGUGUCUGGGGCUUAGGAAUGGGGAAUAAAAACUGUUCACUGUACAGGGUGCACUGUUAGCUCUGUGUGAGCUCACUGCAGGGCUGUGAAGCACAGAGUACAAAAACAUGUGGUCUUUAUCAUGCCGAAUGUUUGAGUGUAACUUUACACAUAUCUCAACAAAAUACUUCUCAUUAUGACUUUCUAUGGUAUAAUUCAGUCUAAGCAAAUGCAGUGGGCUUGUGUUUUAUGAAUAAUCAGGACUAACCAGGGUCUUUUUUAUUACCAUUUUUAUUGGAUAAUGCAUCUAAAUCCACUCAAAUAUUAUAACAUAUUGUAUGGUGGAGACCAUGAUCAGAAGCCAACCACUUGCCUCAUCUUUAUUUAUCUUUACAAAAAUCCUUAAUCUUAAAACCAUGACCCUUUUGCACAUAAACUGCAGCUGGUACUGUAAA